GACUCGCCGUACAGAGGUGAUUCACUUCUGAUCGGAAAUUAUGCGAAUACGCUUAUGAACUCGAGUUUUGAAGGUGUGGAAUUCAUCCGCCAUGGCUCCUCAGAGAACAUUUUCGAGGAGAUCGACGACCAAGAAGUCACGCUGGGAGUUCUCUCCCAACAUCGCGACUUCAGCUUCUUUGAGGAGUCUUUGAGGUACGCGCACCCCUUCCGGAAGGUGAUCAUCAUGGGCAAGUGGAUCACCAACCAAACGAACUACACCAUCGACACGAUGCGAGGCGAAACGCACAUCGAGACCCGAAGGGGUACGGGAACUGCUGGGAUGUUGCUUUGCAGACUUGCUUCGCUGGUCACAACAAGGUACGUGGUCUUCACAGAUACCCACAACAUCAUCACCAGCCCUAUGUCCAUUCUGGUGGACGGCAGAGGCUUCCCGGUGCUCCCCUACGUGCCAGCCAGCUCGUGGUCCUGCCAGCAGUACAGUUCCUGCACCUCCGAGUUGGAGGAAGCAGAGCUGUUCUUCGGUGUUCAGCUUCAAUAUCACCACGACACACAUGAAACGGUCUACUACACGGACCUGUACCAGCAGCACUGUGCGGCCCGGAGCACAGUACUGCGUGAGCUUCCCAAGUACAGCCAAUGUGGCUAUGUGCACGGACCCACGGCAGACGGCUACAUCGCCUGGCUCCUCUCGCAGCAAGACGCCGUGAGUUUCGACUAUGUGCCGAGGAACAAGCAGCAAGUGGGCUUCAGGUCUUGGGGUACAGCCGUCACUCCUCACCCGGUGGACACGCGGACAUGCUCUGUGUACGGGGCGUCCGACUUCUUGACGGCGCAGGGCAACAUCUCCGCUUGCGCUGCCAUCUUGGAGGAUCCCGGGGCUUGCCAUGCCGCAAACUGCACUUGGCGUCCCAUUUUCGGGAGCGGGAAGUGUAUCGAUACACCGGAGGUCACCUUCACACUCCGCAUCCCUGAGCUGUACACCACGACAACGACGACGGCCACGGUCACAGCAACUUCCACGGUGUCGACAACUUUCAGCUCUACUUCGAGCUCUUCCUCUACCAGCUCCACCACGGAAAGCUCCACGACAUGGACGUCGAUUUCCACCUCGACACUGUCCUCGACUUUCUCGUCUUCCUCCUCGACUUCCACUUCGACAAGCACCACGACGACGGUGACCAGCACCACGGUGACCAGCACCACGGUGUCCAGCACCACGCUGAGCAGCACCACGCUGAGCAGCACCACCGAAACCUUCACGGUGCUCCCGGGGCAGUGCCCGCUGCCUGUUGCGGAUGCUUCGGUGGAUGUGAUGGACUGCCUGGGAAAGAUCCCGGGGGAGACCUGCGAGGAUUUUCAGUGGUGCUCCGCCCUGAAGGUUGUGUGUGCAGCGGACUAUGAGGGCUUGCCGACCACAUUGACCUGUGGCCAGUCAGAGGUCUUCGAAGGUGAUGUGCCGACUUGCACCCCGGCUGCGCCUGAGCUCCAGGAUCUCGCUUCGACCUCGUUCUAG